CUCCCGCCGUCUGCGACGCCGACGGCGCCCUCCUUGUCUUUCCUUCAGCCCACCUCUCGUUCUCUCAUGAGCAUCUGUCUGCCUAGCUUGGUCCGAUGACCCCUCGCUCUGUGCAGGUCAGCAAGUCUCGUCCUUUGUCGGCAAUUUUCCUUGGGUCUGCUGGUUCAACGCCUCCCGCCCUCCCCGAUCUACCCGAACCUCCCAGCCCGAGCACUUCCUCCAACGCAUCUGGCCUCCCCUCUCCACCAGCAACUAAUUCCACAGGGAGCGGAAGUGUCGGCAAAGGCAGUACUGACGCCGGCAGUCUCCGUCACCGAACCCCCAGCUCCAGACCCAACAGCUCAGACACUAGCAUGUCUGGCGGCGGGGUGGGUGACAGAUCUUACGACUACCGCAAGAAGAGGUCAUCUUUCAUAGAAGACGAGGACGACGCAGACGAGAACGAGAACGAUGAGGAUCACACGGCGCGUUUCGACGAACGGAGGCGUUCUCUCAAUAAAGGUGCUGAUAAUGCAUCCGCAUUGCAGAGGGUGAAGAGCUUGACCCAGCGGAAUCGUAUGGUUUUGGACAAGCUUACCUCAAUAUCUCGUCUCAAUUCACCUGUCCCUUCGAACCAUUCCCGAUCCCCGCGGUCGCCACCAACAGCUGGCUCUACUUCAUCAUCUUCUACUUCUGCCACAUCUUCGCGGCUGUCUUCCUCUCAGAACAGGCCUUCCUCUGUGACGAACUCAUCCGUUGACGGGCGACGUGGAGACACUCAACUCUCUGGCUCGGAGACAGAGCGCGAAAGCCAGCGCCAUUCGACCCGUUCAACUUCCUCUGAUGGCAGAACAACCCCUCCUCCCUCCGCGUUUUCCAUUCCCGAGAUACGUGGUGCUUCAUCGAUCCGACAACGCCGCAUAUCCGCCCCAGCUUCCCCAGGCAAAGCCCGUGCGGCUGCUCGAGACAAGGACCGUGAGUCGCCAGGACCAUCACGUACGCCUCGAAAGCGCGUCUCAGUGGCACACUCCGUGGAUGAGAGCUAUGGGCACUACCGUUCAGACGACGAGGACGUUACCGCUGCUGCAUUGGCUGCCGUGGCCUCCUCUCGGAGGAGUCCGACAGGCGGAAAGAAGGGCAGACAGCUUUUGCCGCGAGAGUUCAGAGACAGGAAGCUGUCUGAUGAGAAGGUGACAAGCAACGAGCCAGCGACGCCUCGCCGGUCAUCCAGUCGUGCUGAGCUUGGACGUGCUUCUCCUUCACCACGCAAAACUCGCAUAUCCACCUCAGAUCCCCCAGGAUCGCCUCGACGACUAGGUCAAGCUAGGUACUCCACUGUACGCGAGCUCACGAGAAAACAUCAAUUGCGGUGGAUGUCGGAAGACCUCUCGUCUCCCUCCCGUGAGCAACCUGAUCAAUCAUUCGAUGGUCCCGGUAGGCGUCAAGGUCACCGGACAGGGAGCUCUGAAGGUCUGUUAGGGACCGCUGGAGGGAGGAGUCUGAUCGGCGAGGGACUCAGGGCUGCUGGCCUCACCAAAAGGCGAGACGAGGACGUGUUCACUUCCCCCAAUGGACACGUGCCAGCUCCGAUGGCGGCACAGCGCACGCGAUCCAGCGGCGACUCCUCAAUCAUAUCGAGCAGUGAAGGAGACUCCAGCUAUGGGCGAAGUUUGGAAGGAGACGCUCGAGUCGAGGAAGGCGUAGGGCCUCCGUAUAAUCCGAAGACACCGAUGCACGCGAGUCUCCGGGUCAGACCUCUCAGCGGGACGGCAGCUCGCCCUGGUACAUCCAUGGCUGCUCUCCAUCACGAUGAUCCCGCACCCCCACGUACGGCGCCGCCUGCGUUGCGUACGUACAAGUCGACGUACGCACUCCCUGACAGGAACCUCGAGGAAUUCAAACGUCAACCUCUCGACAGGUCUUCGCCCUUUGGGACCAUUCGAUCCUCGACUGUCCAGAGCGGCCUGCGAGAGGCAAGCACUGACCACCGGAGACUGAUGCUGGAGGCGCUCACCAUGUUCGAGUCUCAACUUUCUCGCUUACCUCCUAUGGGUCAGACCUCUACCUCAACUAUCCCGGAAGUUUUUCAGAGCGCCCAGCAGCUCGUGCAUACGUUGGACAAGCUGAAUGCUAUGCUCAAAGAAGGGACCAACAAGGCUUUGGAGGCACAGAUCGACGCCGAACUCGCAGACUACAAGGACGGUGUCGACCUCCCGGAGCUGUGGCGCGAGGUAGGGUCGGACCAUAGGGAGAACCUCCGCGUCAGCGACGAAGUCGUGCGGAACAUGACUGGCUUUUUGCUGGGCGUUGGGAAGAUCCUUCGUGAAACUACCUCCAGCAGCCAGCAUCUCCGCACAAUGAGUCUCGACGAGGAAGUGGCGCGGAGAUUGACUCCCGAGGUCCAGCUGAACGGCCGCGGUCGCGACUCGGAUGGUCGUCGUAGUCGGGAGGCGAGGCGGAGCUGGGAACCCGGCAAGGACACCGGCAGGCUCGUGGCGAGACUGUCGAGUUUGGAGCGGAACGGGCGAACCGGGUCCCGUCCACCAUCGUCUAUGAACAUGUUGCGAAGCUCCACCGCCACUUCAAGCAGCGAGGGCCGUAGUGUAGCCGAAGCCAACGAUGGAACUCCUGCCACGGUCCGUCAAGCUGCCCCCGUUUCAGCGCCGACCACCGCCGCGCGUCGCCUGUACACUCCGCGAGAACGCCUAGACACUACGACGACUGCUUUCAGUCCUGGCCAGGUCGACAGUCCCGCCGACUACGAGCCCUCCCCGACUCCCAUCUCUAGGCAGUCCCAUGUUUCCUUCCCCGAUCGUCGUGCGCUACCCCCUCUCGCUGUACCACCUUCUCUCCCCACAUUGCCCUCAGAGUCCCUCAUCGCCAGGAGCAACACUGCAUCCACGACCGCGGCGGACAAGCUGAGCAGGCGCAAGAUCUCUGCAAGCUCUAUCGUCACUAUCCGUCCCGAGAGUUCACCGUUCACUCCAUCUAUCAAGCCUCCCAACCCUACGACCGCAGUCACGACGGCUACGGUGUCAACGUCUUACGAUGCCAACCCGCCGCCUUUCCCUAUGUUGAGAAGCGAGUCGGGUAGCUCCUCGCGCACGAACGGCGUGACCUUCUCCCGUGCUACUGCGACGUCGGUAUCCUCAACAUUGAGCGGGCUGCAGCAACAGCAUGAGAGGGGUGCGAGGAAUCGCAAGGUGUCAUACAAUUCCAUGUUUACUAACCCGACUCCAGCACCAGUUCUUGCUCCUGCAGCCCCCAUCUCGUCUUCCCAGUCUGGGUCCGAGUCUGAGAGGGAGAGGGACAGAGACAGAGACAGGGAUUCGCGCGCUAGGACGAUCAGCACUCGUCCCAGGGCGUCGUUGGAGGGCAGUCGUGCAGAUGAACGUCCCGUCGACGCAAUGCGAAGGAGCUUGGCAACUACCGUGUCGUAUUCUGCUCAACGAAAAGAACGACGCCGAACGAUCACCGAGAUAUUUUCGCAGAGAUGAGUCUUAUCGCACAUAUUGCCGGACUGUAGAUCAGAUCCCAUUCGAUUCUCGGCUUCCCAUGGCCGCACCGUACAGUCUUCAUCCCACGUUCCCCUGUUCCCACUGCAACUUUUCUGGUAUACAUCACCGGACAGUUCGUAAAACCUUUCCUUUCUGGUUCAUUCUUGGCCUUGCACGCACAGCGGCAGCACCGUGGGGUCUGUGCACAUAGCUGCGUGUGAAGUGUAAUAGUCUGUCUCUAUGUCCUCUGUCUCCCGUCUCCUCUCCCCCUUUUCUCUGUUCUUAUAUCUCUCCCUACCGCCAGUCUCGUCUCUGUAUCUCCACGCCGAACGUCGCACGUAUGUUUAUGGGCUUCAUGCACGAUAUGACUAGCCGCCCCAGAGUAAUCCUUGCUAAUUAGCUAUAGCAAUGUAAUGGGAUGGUGUUCAAACUGAGCAAUGCGCUAGC